GAGAACAUCCUUUUUCACUUCCUCCAACAGUAAACACUGACCAUCGCAGCAUAGAGUGAAGUUUAACGGCGACACAUGAAGGAAGAGACGUUUCUUUAACUAUGACACACGAAGAGACGUUUAUUUAACCAUGACACAAGAAGAGCGGUUUGUAGGAGCGACGUGAGACAGGGACGAGCGGGAAUAAUGACAGAUACAGAGAAAUAAGAUUUUCCAGGCGGGUGGUGAUGGGUCUCAUCCUUCUCUGGCUUAAAUGGAGAAUAAAGGGAGCGACGAGGUGGAAAAAUUCAAGACAAAGUUCUUAUCAGUGUGGCACAAUGUGAAGUACAGUUGGGCUCUCAAGUCCAAGACGUCUUUUAGCAGAAACUCUCCUGUACUUUUGCUGGGUAAAUGCUACCAUUUCAAGGCUGAAGAUGAUGACAUCAGCCCUACAGAGGAAGCCUGCGUUGAGGCUACAGACGAUGACAUUGCCAUGGGAAAUGUUGAGUCUUUCCGGAGGGACUUUGCGUCUCGAGUUUGGCUCACGUACAGGGAGGAGUUUCCAGCGCUGGCCGGCUCCUCGCUGACCUCUGACUGCGGCUGGGGCUGCAUGCUCAGGGCAGGGCAGAUGAUUUUGGCUCAAGCUCUGGUUCUCCACUUGCUCGGACGAGACUGGACGUGGUCAGAGGCCCUCUCUCUCCAGCCCUUGGACACAGAGACAUGGACAACCUCUGCAGCCAAACGCCUUGUUGCUUCUCUGGAGGCCUCACUGCAGGGCUCCCCUGGAUCAUCUCAGCUCAAACCCCCAGAACCCCCACCAGCCCAGGCGUUUGGAUCGGCUGAAGAGGCUGACGCCCACAUAAAGGACAUGUACCACAGAACUUUGGUGUCCUGGUUUGGAGAUGGACUGUCCGCUCAGCUCGGCAUCCACAGACUCGUUCAGAUGGGUUCAGCGAUGGGGAAGCAGGCCGGGGACUGGUACGGGCCUGCGGUGGUAGCACACAUCCUCAAGAAAGCUGUUGAAGAAGCAGGAGAUUCCAUCUUGGCGGGGAUCACGGCCUACGUGUCCCAGGACUGCACAGUGUACAGUGAUGAUGUCAUGGACAGCCACAAGGCGUCAGGAGCAGGGCCGGACUCUGACCAAUCCAGCACCGACCGCCCGGAUACUCGUGCAGUCAUUAUUUUAAUCCCUGUGCGGCUCGGAGGAGAGAAGACCAAUCCAGACUACAUCAACUUUGUGAAGAACCUUCUGAGUCUGGAUUACUGUCUCGGCAUCAUCGGAGGAAAGCCCAAACAGGCCUGUUACAUUGUGGGAUUUCAAGACGACAGCUUAAUUUACAUGGAUCCUCAUUACUGUCAGGCUUUUGUGGAUGUCAGCACUGCCGAUUUCCCCCUGCAGUCGUUUCAUUGUCCAUCUCCAAAGAAGAUGCCUUUCAGUAAAAUGGAUCCGAGCUGCACCAUCGGGUUUUACUCCAAAAGCCCCACAGACUUUGAGCGGAUCAAUCAAGAGCUCACCAAGCUCCUGCAGCCGUCGGCCAAAGAGAAAUACCCCGUGUUCACAAUCAUCCAAGGUCGAAGCCGAGAUUACGACCUGGCGAGUCUGAACCCCGAGAAGAGAGAGUGGCCCUUCAUUCGGAGAACAGUCACGACCACAGGGGACUUUGUGCUGCUCUGACACAUGCAAAAGAUACAGCAGAGUUUAGAUUGUAUCAUCACUGUCACAGAAAACAACAUCAUUUAGAGUUAGAGCAUCAGACACACAGAGUUUGACGUAAAGUGCAACACAAAAGGUGCAAAAGGAGCCCAUCCCAUAAUGACUCCAUAAAUAACCUCAAUGUAAUAAUGAAACAGAGCAGCAUCUAUGCAAACUACUGAAAAUAAACCAGAUUGUAUGUGUAAAAGGACAUAGCUAACUUGCGAGCCGCCGCGUUCCAAACAGGAAGUGAUCUUGGGCGCGCUUCCAGCUCCAUCGACUCUGGCUCAAAUUCACUUUACAUUGUUUCAUUGUGUCCCCUCUCUCUGUAACUGCUGCUCUCAGACUCGUCACUUUGGUCUUAAAUGUUUGUAUUAACCCGCUCUACAUCCUGGGGUUUUUAUUUUACUAUUUCAUUGUGUCUGUAAAUCAAGAUAUGAACAAUAAUAACAGACAAAUCGGGCGCCUUCUUUCCCCGAGGUCUCUCCUGUUAACAUUAGCAACAAGUUUUAUUGACCGCAUUGCUAAGGGCCCACUCUAAACCAGUGAUGCAGGCAGGAAGGGGUGUUACCUUCAGCAGCCUCGCUCCGUAUUGGCUCUUUGGUUGCUAUGAUACUCAGAAUUCCAAAUAUGGAACUCUGAACUAAAUCGUCCCCUAUAACUGCGAUCCUCGAUGUGCUUCAUUGUGAGCUGAACACUGUGUGUGACGUCACACUCACUCAGUCCACUUCUUUAUACAGACUAUGUAACAAACGGAGUAAAAACUAGUUCAGGGUGUUGGGCCAUAAUGCGCCUCGUUGCACCAUUUCCUAAGUAAUUUUUCAAGGUUUAUCUGGAAAAUACAAAACUAAACGCCCAUGUCAAUAAGACGACUGGUGCGGCUUGUGGUUUUAUUUCGGCUGUAAAAAAAUAUUUCUGAUUGGCCGAAGACGGAACCAAUGACACCUACAGAUCCAGAGAGGUCUCGGGAACAGGGUGAGACCGAACAGGCAGUUUGGCCAAAAAUGACUCAGGUAGUUACGAUGGAGGUCGGCGCAGUUUAAAGCCAUUCCUGUACCAUUUGUGUUCAUCCUGCGCUUUGGUUUGGUGCUAAAAAGCAGCAAAAGGGCUGUGUCUGUAAUGCCGUUUCUUGUUCGAAUGCAAUGAAUUUUAUUCAUUGCAUUUGAAUUUAUUUAUUUUGAAGUGAAGUUAUUUUAGUUAGGUUAUUAGUAACAAAAGUAAGCAUUGAACUGUAUAUAUUUAAAGGUGCAGUGUGUACCUUUGCUGGUGGAGGGCCUGCCAUUUGCUUGCCUCCAUGGAUUAUUAUUAUUUGCCUGGAAUGUUCCUUAUCUCUCUAAACUUAUCUGUCUUCAUGGACACAAACAUGUGAUGCCAGCGAGCCAAGCUACAGCUAAAAUCUGAGGAGAUUUCUCAAGUUUUUUGAAGUGUUUUGGAGAAAUAAAAUAACCUGUAAUUGAAUAAAUGCAAAAUGGAUAUGCUUAAUGCCAUACUCUGGAACAUUCCAAAGCAAACACUAUGCAAUUUCUAUGAAGGCAACCUAAAAGUUACACAUUGCAGCUUUAACACACAAGAUGUACUUUGCCAACGCAUUUCACAACAAAUAAAGACAUAGAUCAGAAAUAAAAUGCUCUGUGACAUGAACCAGUGUUUGAAGCAAUAUGUACAUUUAAACUGGUUCAAAUAAAAAUAUUCUAGAGCAGGUCCAUGUGUAUUUUUGUAUGUCGCCUUUGAACAUCUUUGUCGUCUUUGAACACUGAGCAACAAGUUUUUCCUCAUUUACAAACCUCAGAAGUUAAUAAUUUAAUAGGCUCUGUUCACAUUAGCACAGUAGCUAGCUCACUGUGCCUCAAAGCUAACAAUCGUGUUUAUUAAAAUCAGAAAACAUAAAAUAAAUGAUUAAAAUUCAAAUGAAUCAUAAAAUAAAGACUGCCCAAUUGUUUUUAAAUGUAGAACAUUUCAGUUUGUGGUGUUGUUUUAAUAUUUAUUAUGCCUCAGUGUUCGUAUUAGCGUUAGCAAUGAGGCACAAACAUGUCUGUAGUGUUUAACAUGUUGUCAGUGACAUCCUCCUGCAGCUCCCUGUCCACUUUCUGAUCUUUAAAUAUUUAUUCAUUUUAUCGUGACUCUGCAAAAACCUCAUAGAGAUAAAACUGGACAGGAAGUAGUGAUGGUAACCCUGUGCUUGAGAGCGCUGUUGUGCACAGAGCCCAUUAUCCGUAACUUGAUUCGUAGGUUCAUGAAGUUAAAUAUUUUCAGGUUUGUGGAUCAUGCCGUAUCAGUUGCUUUGUCUAAUCAGUGUUGUAAAUGUAAAUUAAUGCUUUACACACAUUCAUUUUUAUAAUUUAAAUAAAAUGAUUCUUUGCCAUGUGU